AUGUCUGAACAAGAGCGUAUACAGGAAUGCCUGAGGAAGGAAAUAAGGUCACUUCUCAUUUCCACCAAAGAUGGUUUGACCCCAGAGCAGUUGGAAAAGGAGUACCUUUUUAUGGUUGGCAACCGUUUACCACUCCGAAACCUUGGGUAUCGGUCCACCAUGGAGCUGGUGUUGGGUAUGCCUGAUGUUGUCAGUGUCUACCCCUGUGGGGACGGUACUGUAAUACUGAAAGCCAUUCCAGAUGAAUCCACCAAAGGAAUAGCAAGUUUAGUUGCAAAACAGAGGGGCAGCCAUAAGGUUCGAAACUCCAUGCAGAAGGGAAGGGCCAGUGUUCGCUUUGGGCCCAGAUCUCAACGGCGAGUACCUUACCGAGGAAGGGUGCCCCCUAUUCUUCCAGCUGUCGUGAAGAGUGAGUUGAAAGACCUCUUGACGUUAUCUCCUAUUCUCCUUUCUGAUUUUGAGAACGCAUUUGCCAAGCGAUUUGGACGAUCAUUCCAGUAUGUGCAGUAUGGCUUCUUCUCUAUGUUUGAGGCACUGAAUGCCGCUGCAGAUGUCAUUUCUGUAGAACAGACCAGAGCAGGUUCUUUGUUGAUGCUGAAGAAGAGCCUAUCUGAGGAAAAGCAGAGAGGAUGGCCAGCAGGUAAAAUUUUUCCCCAGCCUUUUAGAAGGAAGCAACAAGGGUCAUGUCCCACAGGUUCCCCAGUAGCAAUGGCACGCUUUUCACAGCCCACUUCAAACAUGGAACCACCGAAGCAAAUACUGGACGUGGAGAAUACUUCUAGGUCAAAUGUGGAGACUUCAAGGCUGAAUCACACUGAAAAAUUAAACCAGUUGGAGAAUACCUUCAAAUCAGUUAUUGCACAAACUGGACCUGGAGGGACUAUCAAUCCAGAGCUAAAACAUAAGAUAAAACUUGUUGUAUCCAAGUUUCCAGAGGGUUUACUUAUUUCUAAACUUCUUGGAGAGUUUGAGGUAAUUUUUAAAGAGCAACUUUCACCCAAAAAUCUGGGCUUCUUAAAUGUGACCGAGCUUGUUGGAGCUCUUAGUGACAUUCUCCAUGUUGAGUUCAGGGAAGGAGAACAAGACUUGCUGGUGUUUGAUGCUGAUAUGAAGCCUCUACCACCUGUUCAAUCAGAUAAGAAAAUAGAAGCCAAAGCUUGUGUGUCCAGUCCCCCUAGAAAUUCGCUGUCUACUACUGUUAUCAAGGAGACUACACAGGAUUGCCCUUCAGAAAACCACAAAGAGCCAGAAGAGAAGAUUUGCAAGAAGCCUAAUCUGGUGGUAAAGCCUUUACAGCUGCAAGUAGAAAUUAAGAAAUCACAGCUCAACUUGGCAAUGGCAAAUCAUGAUAUCCCACCUGAUGCUGUACGGGACAAGAAAUUAUGCAAACUACCCCCAUUAGGUACCAGUACCCUCAUGGGGGUCUUUGUGGAGUGUAUCAUCUCUCCUAGUCAAUUCUACAUCCGAAUCUAUAGCAGGGAUUCAUCAGAGUUACUUGAAGACAUGAUGAUUGAAAUGCGGCGCUGUUAUUCUAAUCAGCUGGUUUCUGAUCGAUAUGCCAUGCCAGAGUAUUUUAUCCAACCGGGACGUCUCUGUUGUGUAAGGAUUUCUGAGGAUAAGUGGUGGUAUCGGGUCAUUAUCCAUCGAAUUCUUGGGAAACAGGAAGUUGAAGUGUUCUAUCCAGACUUUGGAAAUAUUGGAACUGUUCAGAAGUCCUCCCUGAGGUUCCUCAAGUGCUGCUACACCAGGCUUCCAGCUCAGGCUAUCCCCUGUUCUUUGGCUUGGGUGAGACCAGUAGAGGAACAUUGGACAUCCGGAGCUAUUUUGCAGUUCCAGAAGUUGUGUGGUUUGAAGCCAUUAGUGGGGGUAGUGGAUGAAUAUGUAGAUGGAAUCCUUAACAUUUUUCUGUGUGAUACGUCCUCACAUGAAGACAUCUAUUUCCAUCAUGUCUUGAGAACAGAGGGCCAUGCUAUUGUAUGCCAAGAAAAUGUUCCUUCUAAGGGUUUCAGAGACCUCAACCCUUUAACUUUAUACACUAAAUCCAGUGUAGGGCCAGAGGACAUUGUCCUGACAGAACUGGGUUUUCCUUCCCAGCAGCACUAUUUUAAUGAAGAUCGAGAGAUAAAUCCACAAUCAAAAGAGAGAGAAUUAUAUACCACGCAACAUAUUAAUGAUGAAAAGGCUUUCAGUCACCUUAAGUCAAUCACCUCAAAGCAGCCGUUAAAGGAUUCUGAAUUCAGUUCUUUGAAAACCCAAGAGAAGAGCUGUGAAGACGAUCCAAAGUGUUCCAUCUCCGAGCUACAAGAUCUGAAGGAAGAAAAUGAGGAUGAGAUUCCCACUGGAAUGCCAUGCCUGGAGUCAGUAACCAUAGAUGAUGAUAUAUGGGAUGAGAACUGGAUACCUUUGCAGGCUGGAAUGGGAGAAGGAAGUGAUGCUGCCUCCCACUUACCUACCUCAAGGCUUGAUGGAAAGAAACCAUAUUCAUCAUGUAAAGAAAUGCCACAGAAGGAUUGGUGUUUUUCUACACCCAAAGCUAUAUGGGAUGAUUCAUGGCAGCCUUCAGGCCUUGUGAGUGGGAAGGAAGUAGAAGUUGAAAAACCAGAAGGACUGGGUGCUCAAGAAAAAAAUACUGGCACAACCGGAAUUCAAAAUCAACCAAACUUAAAGAGUUCCUCAGAUUCUCCCACAUUGCCCGAAUUGGAGGAGUUCUACAUCUCUCUUAUCCAGUCACAGCAGUCAGCAGAAGGUGGCCAGUUUGAGCCUAGCAGCAUUGAGACUUGUCCAAAGCAAAUUCAGCUGUCCACAGCACUCAACUCAACUCCUGCAGUGGUCGAUUCCUCACAAAAACACUCUGGUUCAGUGGAAAGCUCUCCAGAGAGCCUAGAGAAUGAAGAUUUUUCUAGUAGCCAUGCUAUUACAGUGUUCAAAGAUAAGAGUCAGGGAGCCAUGGACCAGCUGUCUUUGAUUUUGUCUCCUGAGCACCAGAUUUCUCAGAAGCUCUACAUUCCUCGAAGCACAGCCACUGCUGCCUUAGGAGCUGCUGCGCGGCUGGCCACAUCCAGGAGACUCCUGCACUGGUACCCCAGUGUGAAAAGGAUGGAAGCAUGA